AAUGUGAUUGCUUAUUUGCUAUGCUGAAAUUCUUGAUAUACAUUUUCCUCUCACUGUUAUUAGUGUCGCCAGACGAAACCGAGAAAAAAUGCAGAGAUCGCUCUCGGCCGAUUUCCACAGAGAACAGGGAUUUCUACGAAUUAGUGGACGCAAUCCUCCACCAAAACCUCACAUUACAAUGCCAUUAUUGCAACGAAAACGACGAUUCUCAACCAAAAAACUGGUAUAAAAUAGAUAAAGUGGGAUUAGGCGAAGCGAGAGAGGUGCAGCUGAGUAUGGAAAAUGAAAUGGAAUUGAACCGGAUUUGGAUUAACACUGAUCAUAGCUUGAACAUCAACAACUUUUCCGAGACAGAUACGGGGUUGUAUUACUGCAGGGAAUUCGAGCAGCCCGAGAUUGAUGAGAAGUAUAAUUACUUGGUUGAUCUCGUGUUCGAACGUAAUGUUACAGAACUAGAAUCCGGCAACUUGACAGAUUGGGCAAAAUACCACGAAGAACAUUUCACACCGAUAAACAAGCUAUUUGCAGAAUCGGAAGGAAAAGAAUUCGUACACUUGAGGGAGCAUUUAAAAGUUAGUUUGGAGGCGAUAAGUCACUGGGACCCCUGGGGCAUGUGUGAGGUUUGCGGUCGAGCGAACGGCGAAGGGGUCAGGAAGAAGAGGGGGCGCUGUCGCAUAAAAUUAACUCGCACAUCGAGGGAGAACAGCACCAGCAACCCCGAUGAGCUGUUUUUCUUGAACGCGAACGAGGUUUCCUGCAGGUCGAUGAAAUUGGGAAAGAUGUUUCCAG